UUGUCGUUGUGAAUGUACGACAGUACGCCCCCCUACGGCACAUAAUCGCUUUACGGCCAUUUCAGGCCUGUUUAUUUAGCUAGCCAGCAGGCUAACCAGACGUAACUGCCAACCAAAAUACUUAGUCGGGGUAAAAGGUAUUUCCUUUUAUACAUUCACCAGAAAUGGGUGUUUUGGAUGAAGCGGAUCGGACUCUUUUUGUGGGAAAUCUCGACCCACAAGUCACAGAAGAGCUGUUGUUCGAGUUGUUUUUACAGGCUGGCCCUCUAAUCAAAGUAAAAAUCCCCAAGGACAAUGAUGGAAGAGCAAAACAAUUUGCAUUUGUCAAUUUUAAACAUGAGGUUUCUGUACCCUAUGGCAUGGAGUUGCUCAACGGGACAAAGCUGUUUGGGAGAGCACUAAAAAUUCAAUUCAGAUCAGGCAGUAGCCAUAUGAACCAAGAGGGGAAGAAUCCUAGUCCAUCAAACACACCUGGAAGGUAUGACCGGCCAGAUCAGAUGGGCUCUCCGCUCUUCUCUACUCCUCCUCAAAUGCAGAGAUCUUUCUCUUCACCUGAUUCACUACAGAGGCAAGCCCUGAUGAACAACAUGUGGCAGCUGCAGAUGCACCAGCUCCAGCAACUGAACGGAGCGUUCCCCAUGGGCUUCCCGCCGGCGUUUGGAGGAGCCGCUGGUGGAGUCGGAGGAGGAGGUGGUGGUGUUGCUGCAGAAAGCCCAUGGCAGCUGGAGAACCAGUCUUCGAGAGGACAUCGGUACUCCCACCAGCAGGACUCCGGAGGAGGCCAUCACGGCCGAGAUCAGCGCUACAGCGACGCAGGGCCGGAGCGGCACCGCCGCGACUUCCAUCACCACGACGACCGCAGCGGAGGCCGCAACCGAGACUACCCCGACAGGAGGCGGGACCAGCGAGAGGGUUCUAGAGACACGCCACGGGAUGGACGUUAUCGACGAUACUGACGACUGGAAUUCUUCUUUUAAAAAAAAAAAAAAAAAGAACUGAGAUUUAAGAUGUUUUUAGAAUAUUUUUAAUCACCUCAUGAACACUUUAAAAAAAAAAAAAAAAAAGGUUAUAGCUGGUUGGAUUUUUAAACCACUGAAUUUGGAUUCUUUUUAACGUAAAACCUUUCUUAAGUGAGUUUAUACAAGUUUUUUUCCAAAUUGGAUGGUUUUUUUGGGGGGGGAAUCAAAUUCAUCAUGAAUACAAAAAUGAACACACUGUUUUUUUGUUUUUUGUUUUUCUUUGACAAAUGUGUACUUUAUAAUGGUAUUGUGUUGGAACAAAAAAAAAAAAAAUAUAUAUAUAUAUAAGGAGCCAUAAGAAUGAAUACUCAGGUUUAUCCAUCAAUUAAAAAAAAAAAAACCUCCUUUUACAUUUAUAUAAAAAAAAGAAAUGCAUUCUAGAUACCAGAUUUUAGUCCUUUAAUGGCAUUGCCCCUGAUUGUAAGGUCUCUGAACAUUAUUUGUUUAUAGACCGAAAGAUUGCAGACCGAUCAGUUUUAAUAAAAAUGGAAUCCUCA